CGGCGAUACAGGAAGUCGCGCACGCGCAGAUAACUGUUCACAAUGGCGCCUCUUGAUUUGGAUAAAUAUGCGGAGAUUGCGAUGCAAUGUAAAUACCUUCCGGAAAAUGACCUCAAGAGGUUAUGCGACUAUGUGUGCGACCUUCUGCUGGAAGAGUCCAACGUUCAGCCAGUGUCUACACCUGUAACAGUCUGUGGCGACAUUCAUGGCCAGUUUUACGAUCUUUGUGAGCUCUUCCGAACAGGAGGCCAAGUUCCAGACACAAACUACAUAUUCAUGGGCGACUUUGUCGACCGGGGCUACUAUAGUUUAGAGACCUUCACCUACCUGCUGGUGUUGAAAGCCAAGUGGCCUGACCGAAUCACCCUUCUUCGGGGGAAUCAUGAGAGUCGGCAAAUCACACAAGUCUACGGCUUUUAUGACGAGUGCCAGACCAAAUACGGAAAUGCAAAUGCCUGGCGGUACUGCACCAAGGUGUUCGACAUGCUAACAGUUGCUGCUCUGAUGGACGAGCAGGUCCUGUGUGUACACGGAGGCCUCUCCCCCGACAUCAAAACUUUAGAUCAGAUUCGGACCAUCGAGCGGAACCAAGAGAUUCCCCACAAAGGAGCCUUCUGCGAUCUGGUGUGGUCAGACCCGGAGGAUGUCGACACCUGGGCCAUCAGCCCCAGAGGAGCCGGAUGGCUCUUCGGGGCAAAGGUCACGAAUGAGUUCGUCCAUAUCAACAACCUGAAGCUCAUCUGCCGGGCUCACCAACUCGUCCACGAGGGGUUCAAGUUCAUGUUCGACGAGAAGCUGGUCACGGUGUGGUCCGCCCCUAACUACUGCUAUCGCUGCGGCAACAUUGCCUCCAUAAUGGUCUUCAAGGACGCCAACACGCGAGAGCCCAAGCUCUUCCGAGCGGUCCCUGACUCAGAGAGGGUCAUCCCCCCCAGGACCACCACACCGUAUUUCCUGUAAUAGGACGUAACGUUGACAGCUUUUUAAGAGAUUUAUGGUUUGUAUAUUUCAAUGCAUUCUGGUGCCAUUCUGCUGUUCCUGCUGUGCCCAUGUAAUGCAGUUCAUUACUGGAAGACGGACUGAGCUGUAGGCAGCGGGCUGUAUAUUUAUUUGUCAGUAAAUGUGGUUGUAAACUGCAUAUGAAAGGUUUGAAUCCAACUUUUGUUCUGAGCCUCAUUCAUCCAAUGAGGCACCAACUAGUCGUCAUACUUUCUAUUAGUGGCAUCAGUCUGUUAGCUAUUUCUGCUCCAAAUGGCCAUGAACCAGCUUUUAUAUUCUGUUUAGUGGUGUGGUUUCUUUCUACCAACAGUAGAAUAUUUGCUGGCAAUGGUGUAUCUAUUAAAAGUAUUGAGGCUUGUAUAAUAAACUUGCCCACCCUUUGAAAAAAGAAUGUUUAAUAUGUGUGUAUAACUCACGAUUUAAAGUUAUUUACGCUCAAGUAAUUUUUUGUUUGUCAUAUGACCUUCAUCCGCUCGUGUCUCUGUCUUGCUCUCUUUGUCUUCCGGCUCCACUUGCCUCCCUUCCUUUUCUUUAGCCUUUGGUUCAUAACCGCUGAAAAACAUUGAUGAAUGAUUCAAAUGAACCCACAAGUCUGUUGACCCUUUGUAUAUUGUCUGAAUGUUCUACUUCAUUUUAUUUUCUUAUGCUAAUGUAUUAAGAUAUGUGUGGAAAUGUCAAUAGUACUGCAAAUGAAAAGAAGCAUUUUAAAGAGUUAAGCACUCUGUGUUGCUGUGAUCUUCUAAAUAAAACAGUUGAAAAGUAA